AUCAACAACUUUGCCUUGUUUGCCAAACAUUGUUUUGGCUAUCAGAAAAAAUUGAAAAACUUUCACUUGUUGGCUGGAUAAUCCUCAAAUCGAUAAUUGUAAUCAAUUUUGAAAAAGUGAUCGAAAAAAGAAAACUCAGCAUAAUGUCACUACUGAAGUACUACGCAAUUGUUGUUCUUCACAUCUUUUCAUUGGCCAUAUCAUUGGACCAUGGUGUCGCCGAUUCCGGUGGUUCUGCCGCAAUGGAUCCAUCAUCAUUACGUUAUUUUUAUACGGAUAAUUCAAUGCAACACAGUGUUGCAUUCAAAUUUCUUCCGCAAUUCGAACAAAGAGAACUGCAGGAAGAAAUCCUUCAUGUAUUAGGUCUGGACCAUCGCCCUAAACCGAAAAAAUACAGCACCGAUGAGUCGGCAUCGAAUUUUCUCAUGAAUCUUUACUCGUCAUACAACGAUGGUCAUACAGACCUGAAUGUCUCGAAUCAGAGUUUAUUGGAACUUUCCGAAUCGGAUGUUAUAAUCAGUUUUCAUAAUCAAAUCAAAACGCAACGUAACAAUCAACAUUUGCGUCAUAAUCGUGAUCGACGUUUCUGGUUCAACAUUACGAACGUUCCCCAGAAUUCGGAAAUUAUCGAUGCAGAAUUGAGAAUUUAUCGGGAUCCGAUUCGGUCACGUUUCAACUCCAGCUAUUCGUUUCAAUUGACUUUAUUUCAGCUAUUCGAUCGCGGGCAAAUCAUCAAAAAUUAUGUUGAUUCUAUCAAAAUCGAUGGUCAUGCUGGAGGCUGGCUACGGUUCAAUGUGACCCAGCCAUUAUUGGAUUGGCUCAGAUUUCCUGGCCAAAAUUUGGGUCUCUAUCUUCAGAUUCGUACCAGCAGUAUUCCGAAAGAUCUUAGUCCGAAAAGUAUAGGACUAUUCAAUUCGCGUGGAUUCAAAAAAUAUCAGCCAUUCAUGACAGCAUAUAUCAAAUCGAAGACUAAUGAUUUGCAAACACCAUCGCCCAAUAGAGCCGAAAUGUUCGAGAAUAAACAACGUGCUCGGCGCGCCGUUUUGAAUCGAAAACGAUCCGAAUUGUCCUACUAUGAUCCGGAUGAUCGAAACCCGUUUCUCAAUACCAAUGAUCGUUAUAUAUCGAAAAGCUGUCAGAAGCGUACAUUGUUCGUAUCGUUUCGUGAUCUGAACUGGCAGGAUUGGAUUAUUGCACCGGAAGGUUAUUCUGCAUUCUUUUGCCAUGGCGAUUGCUCUUUCCCGAUGAACACCCAUAUGAAUGCAACCAAUCAUGCGGUCGUUCAACACCUUUAUCACAUCAUGUACCGCCAUGUUCCGAAACCAUGUUGUGCCCCAUCCCAGUUAUCUUCGAUAAUGGUACUUUAUUUUGAUGACAAUUCCAAUGUUGUACUUAAAAAGUUUAAAAAUAUGGUCGUUCAAUCUUGUGGCUGUCAUUGAUUGAUUUGUUCAUUGCACAGUAAAUUAUGUAAAUUAUCAUUCAUUUGAGUUGGAUCACAAAUCACUCACUCAGAUCUCUAUAAUAAUGAAUAUUAUCCACUUGAAUCUCAAAUAAAUACUAAUCAUCAACAAUAAUAA